AUGGCGCGGACAUACGCAGUACGUAUCCUAGAAUGGCUUCGGAGAAGGCCUCAAAUUGACAUAGUGUUCCAGGACGCCGUUGCGGCAUUGAACACGCUGCAAUCCAAUUUCGCCAUUGUCGAUGCGAUCCGGAAGUCAGGGCGGAAGAUGAAUGAGCAGGCGAUUCCCGAAAUGCAGGAGUGGUGCCGCAAGAUCGGAUAUGAAUCAUCGGACUUGAACAUACUAAAAGCUAUUCACAUAGCGGGAACAAAAGGCAAAGGAUCAACGGCCGCUUUCACAUCCUCCAUUCUCACGCAGUUCGUGGGAAGCGCUGGGCCGAAGCCGUUUUCAAAAGUCGGAUUAUACACAUCACCGCAUCUACGCUUCGUCCGAGAACGUAUACAGAUCAAUGGCCAGCCGCUCUCAGAAGCACAAUUUACACAGUACUUCUUCGAAGUGUGGGAUCGGCUGGAAGAUGCAGCAAAGGCAGCAGGGCAGGAUCCCAGCGCUCCUGGCGCGAAGCCGGUCUAUUUCCGGUUCCUUACACUGAUGGCUUUCCACACUUAUAUCAGUGAGAAGGUCGACACGGCCGUGAUUGAGUGCGGCAUCGGUGGCGCUUAUGAUAGCACAAACAUCAUUGAAUCUCCCGCCGUGACGGGCAUCACGAGUCUCGGCAUCGAUCACGUCGCAAUGCUUGGGUCUACCAUUGGCGAAAUUGCCUGGCACAAAGCCGGAAUCAUGAAAAGGGGUGUCAAAUGUUUCACGCCCAGCAGUCAACCACCAGAGGCGAAAGCUGUUAUGGAACAGGUCUCGAAGGAGAAAGGGAGUAUUCUUACCUACGUGGACAUUGACCCGGCCAUCGGCAGUGGGGAGACGAAACUCGGCCUCGAGGGAGAUUUCCAGAAGACUAAUGCUAGUGUCGCUCUAGCCAUGGCGAGAGAGUGGCUGCAGCAACAAGGCCUUGACUCCGAUCCAGAGUUUGAGGUUAAGCUCCGCCGUGGCCUGGAGACGGUCCGAUGGCCUGGCCGGUGCGAGACGCGCCGCGAACCAUGUAUUCGAUGGUGCAUUGACGGCGGACACACCCUCGAGAGCAUUGAACUCGCAGGGAAAUGGUUUGCUUCACAACUUGAAGAUUCCGCCAGUUCCCACCGCAACCAGUCCCGUGAUCGUGUUCAGCCUCGCUUCCUUAUCUUCAAUCAACAGACACGUGACGCCAGUGCUCUUGCAAAAGCACUUUUCAACACCCUCUCCGCGGCUCUACAGGAUUCUCAUCCGUUCACACACGCCAUCUUCUGUACCAAUACGACAUUCAAAGACACGGGCUACAAGCCUGACCUCAUUUCCGUGAACACCAAUGCCUCAGACGUCGAAGCCUUGAAGGUCCAAAACGACCUGGCCGAUACAUGGAGACAGAUCGACCCGUCAACUCAGGUCGAGGUAGUCAGAACAAUCGAAGAAGCAGUGGACAUAGUCCGGAAUUUUGCCAAAUCAUUACCGGCUACUACCACUACUACUAAUGCUGCUCAACCAAGUGAAAGUCAGGAGGUGACUGCCCUUGUAACAGGAAGCUUACAUCUUGUGGGUGGAUUCCUAGAAGUUUUAGAGGGCGCCAACGCCGAAUAA